AUGCUUAUGAUUAGCGCGUGCUCCUCUCCCCUCCGCGUGCGUGCUCCUCUCCCCUCCGCGUGCGUGCUCCUCUCCCCUCCGCGUGCGUGCUCCUCUCCCCUCCGCGUGCGUGCUCCUCUCCCCUCCGCGUGCGUGCUCCUCUCGCCUCCCCACGCGUGCUCCUCUCCCCUCCGCGUGCGUGCUCCUCUCCCCUCCGCGUGCGUGCUCCUCUCCCCUCCGCGUGCGUGCUCCUCUCCCCUCCGCGUGCGUGCUCCUCUCCCCUCCGCGUGCGUGCUCCUCUCGCCUCCCCACGCGUGCUCCUCUCCCCUCCCCGUGCGUGCUCCUCUCGUCUAUCCGCGCGUGCUCCUCUCCCCUCCCCGUGCGUGCUCCUCUCGUCUCUCCGCGCGUGCUCCUCUCCCCUCCCCGCGCGUGCUCCUCUCGCCUCUCAGCGCGUGCUCCUCUUCCCUCCCAGCGCGUGCUCCUCUCCCCUCCGCGUGCGUGCUCCUCUCCCCUCCGCGUGCGUGCUCCUCUCCCCUCCGCGUGCGUGCUCCUCUCCCCUCCGCGUGCGUGCUCCUCUCCCCUCCGCGUGCGUGCUCCUCUCGCCUCCCCACGCGUGCUCCUCUCCCCUCCCCGUGCGUGCUCCUCUCGUCUAUCCGCGCGUGCUCCUCUCCCCUCCCCGUGCGUGCUCCUCUCGUCUCUCCGCGCGUGCUCCUCUCCCCUCCCCGCGCGUGCUCCUCUCGCCUCUCAGCGCGUGCUCCUCUUCCCUCCCAGCGCGUGCUCCUCUCCCCUCCGCGUGCGUGCUCCUCUCCCCUCCGCGUGCGUGCUCCUCUCCCCUCCGCGUGCGUGCUCCUCUCCCCUCCGCGUGCGUGCUCCUCUCCCCUCCGCGUGCGUGCUCCUCUCGCCUCCCCACGCGUGCUCCUCUCCCCUCCCCGUGCGUGCUCCUCUCGUCUAUCCGCGCGUGCUCCUCUCCCCUCCCCGUGCGUGCUCCUCUCGUCUCUCCGCGCGUGCUCCUCUCCCCUCCCCGCGCGUGCUCCUCUCGCCUCUCAGCGCGUGCUCCUCUUCCCUCCCAGCGCGUGCUCCUCUCCCCUCCGCGUGCGUGCUCCUCUCCCCUCCGCGUGCGUGCUCCUCUCCCCUCCGCGUGCGUGCUCCUCUCGUCUCUCCGCGCGUGCUCCUCUCCCCUCCCCGUGUGUGCUCCUCUCGCCUCCUCGCGCGGCAUCCCCCCUGCACGCCCUCAUUUCCCCCCCUGCACGACCUCAUUUCCCCCCCUGCACACCCUCAUUUCCCCCCCUGCACGCCCUCAUUUCCCCCCCUGCAGGCUCUCAUUACCCCCCCUUUUAUGCACCCGUUUCCCCUCUGCUCACUCUCUUUCACCCCUCACUCACGCGUUUUCCCCUCUGCUCACUCUCUUUCCCCCACACUCACCCUUUCUCCCCUCUGCCCACUCUGUUUCCCCCGACACUCACCUUCUUACCGAAUUCUCACUUUUCAUUCACCCCUUUUUCCAAUCCCGCUUCCCUUUUUCCGUCUCUCCUUCAUGCCUCCCACCACCUCUCCCUGCCUUCCUUGCUUCUCUCCUUAUCUCCUUCAUGCCUCCCACCAUCUCGUUUUCCUUCUCAUCUCUUGUGGGCCACAUCACAAGGCCCGUCUGCCCUCUCACACUCUUCCUGCCAUUCUCACUCUCGCAAUCCUCACCGCCGUCCCUUCCUUUCUGUAACCAAUCUCCCCUCCCCCCUUUUCCCUUCCUUCCCUCCACUUCCUCCCCUUCCCUUCCUUCUCUCCCCAUCAUUCCCUCGCCUUCCUCCCCUCCCCUUCAUCCCCAUCCCUGCCCUUUCCUCCCUGCCCUUCCCUUCUCGACCCCGCCCUUCUAUGUCACUCCUCGCCUUCUGCCCUCCAGUUCAUGGAAGCGCAGGGCAGGGAGGGAAAGGCAGGGAUGGGGAGGGCAGGGUGGAACAGGGCAGAGGGUGGGGGGAAGGAGGGCUGAGGGGAUGGGGGGAAGCAGGAAAGGGGAUGGGGGGGAGCAGGAAAGGGGAUGGGGGAAAGCAGGGAAGGGGAUGGGGGGGAGCAGGGAAGGGGAUGGGGGGAAGCAGGGAAGGGGAUGGGGGAAAGCAGGGAAGGGGAUGGGGGGGAGCAGGGAAGGGGAUGGGGGGAAGCAGGGAAGGGGAUGGGGGGAAGCAGGGGGGGAACGGAGGAGAAGCAGGGGGGGAAAUAGAGAGCAGAGGGGAAAUUGAUGGAAAAGAAGAGCGGGAAUUGAUGGGGAGCAGAAGGGGGAAUGACGGGAUUUAUCGCAACCCGUCGUUCGCACCUAAUCAGGGCGGCAGGGAGAAUGAGUGGAAAGGCAAGGGGGGUGGAGGAAAGGAUAAGGGUUUGGGGAGGAGAGAACGGAGAUAG